UUACUUUGACUUUGACACUGUUGACAACAACUACGAAUGAGGUUUUAUAAAUUUAUAUUCAACGAUUUUGUGGAUAUAAGAAAUAAUUGUUUGUUGUAAAGUUGAAUUCUUAUUUUUUGUAACGCCAUAACAAAAUUCAAGUACUAUGAUGAACUCUUCCUCUAAAGAAUCGCCUCAACAGAAAAGAAAUGCUAAUGAAUCCAAAAACAUCACUACAAUUUUGCCUCCAGAAAUAACCUCAACUCCAUUUAUUUCCAAUAAAACUAAAGUUGCUAGUCCCCUUAUCACACCAACAAGAAAGUUUUUAGGACCCAGACGGUAUGCAUUAUCAAAUAAUGGAAUGUUAAAUCCUAUAAGAGUUAUAAAGGAUCCGCCCGGACCUUUAUUGGCAUCUACUACUUAUAAUGUUAAUGUGAGUACUUACAUAGAUACCAAGAGCCCAGGUUUGGCUGGAAGACUUGUGCAAUACAAUGAAGAAUCUUCUCAAAAACAACAAAAUACCCACCAAGAGAGAUAUGGAAGUCCAGGUCUUUUUCCUAUUGUUCAUCUUUUCAAGAAGUCAGUUCCAGUUAUUUCACCCAAACUGAAAAAAGGGACUAUUCGAAUUGGAACUCCAGAGUCGAGAGGAUAUUAUUCUCAAGAGCAUAACAGAUCUUUAUUAGAGGGUAUUGUCCGAAAUAACUCAAUUUUAAAAGAACAGAACAAUAGUAAUGAAGUUAGUACUAGAAGUGUUCUAGACGCUUUAAAAGAGAUAUCGAGAAAGAGAAUUCAUUCCAAUGAGGACUAUGAUCCCAUAGAUGACAACAAUAAGAAGUUUAGGAAAGCAAAUGGAGAUGGAGAUUAUUCAAAACGAAAUAGGGUAGAGUCCCCGCCUUCAGAUAAGACAAGUUCCCCAACCACUCAGGCUAAAAAGAGGUUAUGUACAAUUGAUGCUGUUCUUGCCUCUAAAACUUCCAGUAUGUAUACAAGUUAUGACAUGGGCAAUAAAAGGAAAACAUUUGAGGACUCCCAUAAUAGAAUACUUCCUGUAAAUAAGAAAAAGUAUACAAAUGUUGAAACUCAAACUUCCGGAACUCCAGUUAUAGUAAGAGAGUUGAAGCGUACUUCAGUAAUAAAAGAAAAUGAUAAUAAAAAGAGUGAAGAGCCGGUUGAAACUACUGAAGUUGUGGAUGAAAUAACUUCUCCUAAGCCAGUUUUAAAAGUUUUGGAUGACAAACCAUUAGAAGUUAUUCGUAAGAAUAGAUUGGGGGCUCUUCUCAGUGCUUUAAGUGGACGUGAGAUUCCUUCAAUACCCAUGGAGGAUCGACGAAAAGCUUUGGAUCAAGAUUGGCCUAAACAAGACUCUGAGAAAGCAUUGGUUUCUAUUUUAUCACCACCAAACAAACAAACAAAAGCAGUUGAUAAACAUGUUACUUUCGAUUUAUCUAAAAACACAAAAUUAGCCCAAUCCGAUAGUUCGACUAAUACUUCUUCGAUAUCUUCCCAGACUGACAAAAACGAAAAGGAAGUUGAUACCAAAACAGAACAAAGUAAAAGUUUCCCCCUAAGAUCAACUGAGAAUAAUACCAUAGAAAAAGAAAAACAAUCCAUGACUUCUAUUCAAACAUUAAAUGAAAAUGUUUUGAAUAGAACUCCUUCAAGUAACAAACUCGACAAUAGUGUAGAAGAUAAGAAAGGAGAAAAAGAGAAAAUUGUUGGAGGUUUCAAAUUCGAUUUAAAUAAAUCGAGCAACUCAAAAAGCAGUAUUCCUAGUAUUCCACAAGUGCAAAAGAGUGCAGAAGAGAGCAAGACAGAUUCAGAAAAUACAACUAAAACAAAUUUUGCUUCACCUACAUCUGCUUCUUUAGGUUUUAAACCCAUGUUUGGAACAUCACCUUUCAAGUUGGAGGAUGGAAAAACAAAACCAACUGCUGAGAAUUCAUUCACCAAGAGUUUUUCAUCUCCUACAACUAACUCACUUGGACUCCCUAGUUCUUUACCUAUAAAUACAAGCUCUAGUAGUAAUUUCUCAUUUGCAACUAAAUCAGUUAACGAAGGAAUUUCAGUUUCAUCAAAUGUAAGUGGUAAGACUAAUGCAGUUUUUGCUUUUGGGAAGACACCAACAUCUCAAAGUGGAUCAGAAACUUCUACUUUAACUGCGUCUCCGAGUACUUCAAUGGCUGCACCUUCAGGUAAAACUGAUGGCCCUAGUUUUAAUUCUAGCCCUUUUGGAUCAAAAAUUGAAAGUAUUACUCCAUCAUUUGCAUUUGGCGGAAAUGCAAAUAAUGUUAGUUCAAAUCCAACAACCACUAGUUCAUCAUUGACCUCGUCUGCUAUACCUUCAAUUUCUACAACUUCUGUUUCCAUUACAAGCACUCCUAGCUUGGGUACUUCUGGCCCAAGUAAUGUUUUCACAUCAAAUACCUUCAACACAACUGCGGUAAGUUCCUCUCCCCCAAAAACUAAUUUUGGAGUAUCUGGUAGUAGUUCAGGCGGUUUCAAAUUCAAUAACGGUAAUUCUUUACCUCCUUUUGGCAGUUCAUCUGCCAAUUCUGCAACAACUCAAGCAGGUACAACUUCAUCAAAUGUCUUUGGUAGUUCAUUAAAUGCUACGUUCUCUCCAAAGAGCGAAGUUGAAAAAACAGGAGUUCCUUCAGCAAACAAUGCAGGUUCUACUAUGUUUGGAAAUAACUUACUAUCCAAUAAAUCUUUAACAACCAAUUCGACAUUUGGCUCUGCAAAUGAUAAAAAUAUGAAUAGUUCUCUUGCAUCCUCUAGUACACCUAAUUUCACAUUCAAAACUAACCAAGGUGGAGUCGCCACCACUAACACCAGUGCAUCAACUGCUUCCAAUGUGUCAUUCAGCUCUACAGUACCUUCAUUUGGAACCAACGCCAAUAAUAUAUUCUCUCCAGGAAAAACCUCAGUUGUUCCUCCGUUUGGAGCUACUACAACUUCUUCAUCUCUCGGAUCAUCUAAUACUUUCACUUUUGGUAAAUCAAAUACAACUAGUCUGACUACACCCAGUUCUACGACUCCAUUAUUUAGUAACACCAAUACAGCUCCUUCUUCUACUACGACUACUUCUUUUGGUACAACAAAUACUCCUUUUGGUACAACAAAUUCUCCUUUCGGUACGACCAAUACCCCCAGUUUUGCUUCCUCCAAUACACCCAAUUUUGGAACCACUAAUACACUUAACUUUGGUACCACAAAUACAUCUAACUUUGGAACCACGAAUACCCCUAGUUUUGCUACCACUACUACUCCCAGUUUUGGCACCACUUCAAAUACCCCUAGUUUUGCUUCUACCACAAGCACCCCUAGUUUUGGCACUACAACAAAUACCCCUAGUUUUGCUUCUACCACAAGCACCCCUAGUUUUGGCACUACAACAAAUACCCCUAGUUUUGGUUCUUCAAGUGCACCUAGUUUUGGCACCACAAAUGUAUCCAGUUUCGGUAACACAAAUGCACCCAACUUCGGUACCACUACCUCAUCUGCGUUUGGUACUUCUAAUAAAACUAGUUUCAGUACUUCUAACACAUCUGCAUUUGGUUCUACCAAUACUCCCAAUUUUGGUACGUCCAAUGCUUCUCCUUUUGGUUCUUCAAAUACAUCCAAUUUUGCCGCUUCUAAAACGCCCGCUUUUGGUAAUAAUAAUACAUCUGCAUUUGGUGGCACAAGUACUCCAGCAUUUGGUACCACAAAUACACCAUCUUUUGGGACUACAAACCCACCAGCUUUUGGGACUACCAACACACCAGCUUUUGGUACGACAAAUGCUUCUGCUUUUGGUACAACUAACAAUACCCCUUCAGGAGCAAAUAAUACUUUCGGCGGUGCCAAUUCGGCAGCCCCAGGGAAUAAUCCCACGUUUGGAACUCCAACAUCUAAUAUGUUUGGUACCACAAAUACUCCCUCAUUUGGAAAUGCUACCACGACAUCAAAUUUUGGUACGUCGUUUUCAACAACUAAUACAAUAAGUCUUCCAGCAUUUGGUAAUCCUACAUCACCGUUUGGAAAUGUUGCAGCUAGUAAUGGUACUACAUUCAACUCUAACAAUAAUUCUUCACCUUUUGGUAAUGCAUCUGGUACGAAUUCAUUUGGCACCUUUAAUACCAAUAACACUCAAUUCACACCGGUGACCAAUGCCUCUUCAUUUGGAACAAACUCAAAUAAUAACUUUGGUAACUCCUCUGCAACAAAUGCAUUUGGUUCUAGUGCUACAAACAAUACAUUUGCUGCUUCCAAUCCAGCCAGCCCCUUUGGUACUAAUACUAAUAAUACUGCUGCAUCAAAUUCGUUUGCUACAAGCUUUGGAAAAAAGCCUGAGCAGUCAUCUAGUAUAUUCCCUGCUCAAUCGAACAAUAUGUUCAAUAGUAAUUCAACAUUUGGUUCAGUUCAGCCAAACAAUAGUGGGGGUAGUGGUGGAAGUUCUACCAGUGGUGUAUUCACCUUCGGUUCCUCAAAUAGCAAUCCAUCUUCAUCAGCAGGAGUUUUUACUUUUGGUACUACUGAGCCCCCUAAAUCUUUCAAUUUUAAUGCUGCAAGCACUCCGGGUAAUAUGUCUGCACCUUCAGCUAGCAACUUCAACUCCCCUGGUCCAUCUUUCCAACAGCAACCUACUGCAGUACCAAACAUGUUUAGUAUAGGCUCAGGAAACGCUGCUUCCACUUCUCAAGUUAGAGGUAGGCCACUUGUUAGAGCUAGGAGGCGCACUUGAGUAUAAUUUCUCAAUGAUUAUCACAUUGAGUUGUUAUUAUUAAGUUUUUGAUUUUAAUUAGUUUAAUGUGAGAAUUUUAAAAAUAUCUGUGAUUUAUUUAUGAAUGUUAGCCAAAUCUAGUUGAAAAUAAUGAAAUUUUAGUGUCUAAUAAUUGUAAAAAAAAUUGAAGAUUUAUACGCGUCUUAUUGAGAAAAUAAAAUUUAUUUGUUACAUUGCAUAGUGUUUGGUAUUGAAGAAAGUCCUGUUGGAUAAAUAAGUUGACUGCUCUUCAAUUUUUUGGGUAAUAAUUUAAAAUUCUCACUCAAAAUCUAUGUAAGUAAAUUAAUGAUAUUCUGAAUUUGACGCUUCUAGAAGGUAUUAAUGUAGUUAACUGUUAUACUGAUGUACUAUUUUACAUACUACUUUAUACUAUAUUUAUGUAUAUGCUAUGUGGGUAUGGGCUUCAAACAAUAUUUUAGAUAUAUUUUUUAUAUACAAAUUUGAUUGUGAUAUAUGUAUAUGUGUAGUUCAUUUCUCUCACAUGGUAUUCAAAUGUUCUAUUUUCCACAACGAAAAAAAGUUUGACUUACUUUCAGAAUAUCAUUUGAUAGAAUCUAGUCUUAUUGAGCUCAUGCCCAUUAUGCAUUUUUUUAGAAGAGAUUUUCUUGAAUAAUUGUUUGGUGUGAAAUAAUCUGGUGGAAUGAGUAUUUUGUUCGAAACGAAUAAAUGAUUGUAUAUUUGACUUUA